AUGUCCUCGGUCGCGGCUGAAACGCCUUCAAACUCGUUCAGUGGUGCUUUAUUGACCUCGUCUUCGACUACGAGCGAAACUGUAACUCCCGUGUCGGUUCCAUGCACGCCCACCAGCGUCUCACAGGAUCUUGCCCCCUCGCACGCCGACAAAUCCAAGUCUCUCGCUUUCAACAAAUACAUUCUGUACGAGAACAAACUUCGCUUCUACAUCAUUGCCUCCAAUGCGUCCGACUCUCGCCAUCGUAUCAUUAAAAUCGACCGAACCUCCCAGUGCGACCUCACCAUCGUCGAAGACGAGACUGAGUACAGCGGGAAGCAGAUGAGUGCGAUGCUCAAAAUGCUUGACGAUGGUAACAAAGGCUCGGGUGGUUUGGGAAAACCACGCGUGUUCUUCGGAGUUGCUGGAUUCGUGAAGUUUACUGCAGGCUGGUAUAUGCUUAUAAUCUCCGAGCGUUCCGUCGUAGCUCUCCUGGGCGGUCAUUAUCUCUACCAUUGCGAGAGUACCGAAAUGAUUCCCGUCUGUAUUAAUCACAAGAUCGAGAAACCUGCCGAGGAGCAGCGUCUGAUGAACGUAUUCAAACAAGUGGACAUGUCUAAGAAUUUCUACUUCAGUUACUCAUACGACUUGACAUCAACUCUCCAGCGUAAUUUGACACAAAUAGGCCGCUUUGCAGGAGACAUGUGGCCUUUCACUGACCGUUAUGCCUGGAACUUUCAUAUGCUGUCUUCGCCUUUCGAAAAUGAAACGGAACAUGUCGUGAGAUCUCACUGGAUGCUACCUCUCGUUCACGGUCACGUCGAUCAAGCCAAGUUGACUGUUCUAGGCCGAGUCGUUUUUGUCACUCUCAUAGCUCGUAGGUCCCGUCACUAUGCAGGCGCAAGGUAUCUCAAAAGAGGUGUCAACGAGGAGGGCAAUGUCGCCAACGAAGUUGAAACUGAACAAAUAGUCUCAGAAGCCCUCACGACCGCAUUUUAUUCACCACCAGGAAGGGACUCACCCCCAGAGGGGCAGCUGCGCCGUCCCAGCCCCCACUACACUAGCUACGUUCAGUAUAGAGGAAGCAUCCCCAUUCACUGGACGCAAGAAACGACAAAUAUGAGUCCUAGACCACCUAUUGAAAUCAAUGUCAUCGAUCCUUUUUAUACUGCUGCAUCCCGACACUUCGAUGACCUUUUCAGACGAUAUGGAGCCCCGAUCACUGUACUCAACCUGAUAAAAAGGCGUGAGCCUGUACCUAGGGAAUCAAAGCUACUAGAAGAGUACACACAAUGCGUCAAAUACCUCAAUCAGUUUCUUCCGGAAGACAAGAAAAUGAUUUAUCGCGCUUGGGAUAUGUCUCGUGCAUACAAAGAAAAAACACAAGACGUGAUUAGCUACCUCGAAGACAUCGCGGAAGAAUCUAUCCUGAUUACCGGGUUUUUCCACUCCGGACCUGAGCCAUACUCGCACUUUCUGCAAAAUGAUAUUGAUGACGAAGAGCGACCCCCUUGGCGCAACCACAUCUCCCUUCAGAACGGUAUCUGUCGAACAAAUUGUGUUGACUGUCUAGAUCGCACCAACGCUGCACAGUUCGUUUUCGGGAAGCGUGCUCUGGGACACCAGCUGUACGCCCUUGGCGUCGUCGACAGCCCCAACCUUGCUUUCGAUUCGGACGCUGUGAAUAUGUUAACGGAGAUGUACCAUGAUCACGGAGAUACCAUUGCCCUACAGUACACAGGAAGUGCCCUCGUAAACCGAGUUGAGACAUACCGGCGCAUGCCUCACUGGAAUAGCCACUCACGAGACAUAAUCGAAAACAUACGGCGUUUCUACACUAACUCUCUUCUAGAUGCUGACAAGCAGAUGGCGAUCAACCUAUUCCUUGGUGUCCGCAGCGAGCGCACCAGUGUCCAUCCUCCCAAACGGGGUGGCUACCAGAAAUGGUUCCACGAGGAACACCUUCGGCCGGCCUACGUCGUCGAUGAAUGUGACAGAGCAAUUCGGGACUUCGUCCAAGCAAGAGGAGAUUUCUGGAUUGAGUACUACCGUCCUUUGCUCUUUACGACAUUGGGAAAACACUUUGCGUAUUCGAUGAACAGCACAUUGAAGCUUCCUGGUAAAACGGCGAAGGACAUCAAUACCAGUCCUUUCCUCCCGCAUAGUACUCGUUCCGUGCAUCAUCCGAGGCUCAUGGAAGGAGUCCGACGAUGGAUUGGCGCUCAUCCCACUUCGCGUGUUCAAACUUCUAACAGAAGGCCAAGCUCAAAGGUGGAGAAACAUCAGAAGACACACCAGGAUCCCGAACAUGAUCAUCGAUCUACGGAAGCGAUAGCCAAACGACUAUUAGACCCUAUCGUUUCCAACGAGGAAAAGGCAGAAUAUCAACAGUAUAUUGAGCAGUGCCAUUUUCUACUGCAAGCACCGCCUGAUGAGUUUGUCGGAAAGGCUAUGGGAGAUGUUUACGAUUGGAGUGCCGAGGUGCCUUUGAAUUUCUACGCCUCUUAUGCGGAACUAGGGACGGCACAGUAUCUAGAUGGGGGGCGAAAAGACAGCCUACCCAUCACGUUCAAUUACGACCGAUGGCUCAAUGAGGGAGCACAGAAGCUUGCUUGA